AAGCUCAACGGGCUUCCUGGCCGUGAUAUUUUAUCUUUAUAUCUGUUUGUAGCGCUGAACGUGCAGAUGGCCGCGCUCAUUGCUGUCUGAGGGUCAAAUCUGGUUCGGCCGAUCAUUUCCACACUCUCAGGGACCGCGACCGGGUUCGGAGGAAAUGACACCAUGUACGUCUUUUCGAUAUUUCUAGCGGUGAUUGUCGCCUCGGAUAUAGUCAAUGGAAGCCCAGAAAUACUGGAACGGAUAGUCAACGAAUUUGAUAACAACACGCUGGAAAGAGAACUCGACGAAAUAUCUAACACAAUUGACGCAGUUUUAAAAGAGGAAAAUUCCGAAUUCAGCCCUCUUCAAGAAGGUUACACCAUCGAGCCAAUUUACUUCCACGCCAAUGAGUGUACAGUGUCUGCGUUUGGCAUGAAGAUGUAUGAAGAGGACGUCAGGAUCGUACCAAAGACCAGCUUAACUGAAAGAAUAAUUUCUUUAAAAGUAUGGCCGAAGACGCUUUUGAUCGAAGGGAAAUUUAAACUGAACAGGAUCAACUUGAGAGACCUUUAUUCAAAGGCUUCUGGCAGCUUCAGAAUAAUAAUAACCGGGUUGAAGUGCGAAGGUACAGCGGCUAUAGUGACAGGAUCAAGCCCUUCCAUCGAAUGGCUCCAGCUCUUCUGCGAUCACAAAGGAAAAACCACAAACACUCAGACGUUUCCAGAUUUCGUAAGAGGGCCUUUUGUCGAAAGAUACAUGGAUUUCUAUUUUGGGACGGACGUCAACAAACAACUAGAACGGAACAUCGACGAUCGUCUGGAAGACUCUGCUAAAUUGUGGCUGACAAAGCGAUUAGGGAGGAUGUCGAUGAUAAUCAGGCAAAACGCCAAGAUAAGAAGCCAAGCUUACAAGAAUAGCAGCGACCAGGAGGAAGUGGAUGCGAACGAGAUUUUCGACGGCAUUCUCGGUUUUGCCGUCUUCGCAAUCAAAAACCAUUUCAACGAUACUAUUAAGAUUCCAGACAUAAGGGAAGGCUUUGAAAAAAACAUUUUUAGCCUGGUUAGAGUUGGAGCGCAAUUCACAGCGACCGAUGGCACUGCGAGAGAAGUUUCAACCCUGUCGAGGUACGGCAACGCGAGAAUAAUGAAAAGAAAUCUGACUAUAUAUUUCAUGGGUGGUAUCAAAUUUGAAAAAUUGCACAUUAAUUACUUGAGGUACAAAGCAGAAUUGAUCGGAAUCGGGCCAUCAGGAGCUAUAGAAACGCGCGUCGCACCCAUAGCAGUACGUCUAGUGAUACACAUCGAUUUCGGCAACACAAGGAAAGUUUACUUGGAUCGAUUUAGAAUUUGCCAUGCAGGGAAGAUCAAAGUCAAGGUCACUGGAAUGGGAAGAAUUAUCGAUAGCAUCAUCUCAACAAUAACCACCUGGGUAGUCGCUAUGUUUAAAAACCGAGUCCUCUCAUUGGUUGAAAGAAGGAUUAUCAAACACAGCAGGGAGGCUUUAGGCAACGUGACCAUCGAUGAUAUAAUCACAGGACAACUGCCAUUUUAAUAUUUAAUUAUAUUAAAAAUAUAUAUAUUUAAAACAAUAUAUUAAUUAGAAAUUAUUGGUUAAAGUAUCAAUAUUGGCCAUUAGCAAAUACUGAUAACAUUGAUUUGUGAGAACAAAUGAAUGAAAUAUGCCUUUAUAUUUUUAUAAUUUAGUUAAAAUAUAAUU